UCUCUCUUAAAUGUCGGCUAAUGGCUUCCGCUCUCUAGCGUUGCACAACUCAAACCCUAAACCCCAAUGCCGCUCUCUCUCUCUAACACCAGGUGGCACCGUUUCUCCUUUCUUUCUCUCUCGAACGCUAGUUCUUGCCAUUGCUCCUCUCUCACACCAACCCAGAAAACCCUAAUUUGCUCAAUAAACGCGUUAAGCAACCUCCCUAAAACCCUUGUUUUCUUUUAAGCAAUGUCAGCCACUGGCCAUUGCUAGAGCUUCUUUCUGUGGGAAACUUUUUCUGGUGAGACAUGCAAACUGAAGCGGCAGCUGAAACCAGGCUUCACCAUGGCUCCACCUCUGGCCGUGUUGGAGUGAUGGGGGUUUCAUCUAAGAGAGCUCAUCUACAUUCGCCGUCUCAAACCCUAAAUUCUGCAAAUUUAGGGCAACAUGGAGGUGUGGAUUCAGGAGUGAAAAAGUAUGCUCAGUCUGUUCAGCAAUCACAGAUCGGCACUGUGUCUCAGCUCCUUGCAGGGGGAAUAGCAGGGGCAGUGAGUAAGACCUGUACUGCUCCUCUUGCUCGCCUCACUAUUCUCUUUCAGGUUCAAGGCAUGCACUCUGAUGUUGCCACUUUAAGCAAGCCCAGUAUAUGGCGGGAGGCUUCCCGCAUUGUUUGUGAAGAAGGGUUUCGUGCAUUUUGGAAAGGGAAUUUGGUCACAAUUGCUCAUCGGCUUCCAUAUUCCUCGAUUAGCUUUUAUGCAUAUGAACGUUAUAAGACUUUUUUACAAUCACUUCCUGGAUUGGAUAGGCAUGGAGAGAACAUGAGCGCCGACCUUGGUAUAAGGUUGAUAGGUGGAGGUUCCGCAGGUAUAACUGCUGCAUCAAUCACAUACCCUUUAGACCUUGUCAGGACACGACUGGCAGCACAGACAAACGUUAUCUACUACAGAGGCAUUUCACAUGCUCUUUAUACCAUUUGCAGAGAUGAGGGCAUUAGAGGGUUGUAUAAAGGCAUGGGUGCUACACUUUUGGGGGUUGCACCAAAUAUAGCAAUUAGCUUCUGUGUUUAUGAGACGCUGAGAUCUCAUUGGCAAUUGCAAAGACCGGAUAAUUCUCCAACGCUUGUUAGCUUAGCCUGUGGCAGUCUUUCGGGAAUUGCAUCUUCAACAGUAACAUUUCCUCUGGAUCUUGUGAGGCGGAGGAUGCAAUUGGAAGGGGCAGGGGGUCGAGCCCGUGUCUAUAAAACUGGCCUAUUUGGCACCUUUGGUCAAAUAAUCCGGACAGAAGGCUUGCGAGGAUUGUAUAGAGGAAUAUUGCCUGAAUAUUACAAGGUCGUACCGAGUGUCGGUAUUGUGUUCAUGACCUAUGAGACAUUGAAGAUGCUUCUCUCUGAUGCACCAGUUGGCGACUAGGAUUCCCAUCUGCCAGGUUCUGGAGUCCUGCCAUCCUCCAUGAUUAAGCUUCUGAUAAGAUGAAGAGUACUCUUUUUUGGAGUCACCAAAAAUUCCUUGGCGGUGAAUUUUGCCAUUGCUGCCAUGAAAACGUCUUUUUCUCCUUUUUUUUGCCUUCCAUGUAUAGAUGGAAUGCUGACCACAGGGUAAGAGUUGAGCUAUUAGUUUGGUAUAUGCCAUUCAUUCUUCUAUCGAUUCUCAGUGUUUCUUUGUGCUUCUUGUGCAUGAUUAUGUGUAUCCAUGCUCUCUACUUGUAUGCUACGCUUAAACAUAUUGCAUGAGACGACAAGGUUCACUUUAUAGUGUUAA